CACACACACACACAUUUCCCUCAAUCUUCCCACUCUAUCUACCCUGCUCAUGAAAACUUGUUGCAGACUAUACUUUUUCUCCCUGACACCAGGCAACAUUUUGGCAUACUUUGGAGAGUUCUCAGUUGUCAUAAAAAGGAUUAUUUUUCUUUUGGUUGGAUUUUUGGAAUGGUUUUACUAUAGGUCCCAGUCGUGGAGUUAACUUUCCAGGACAGUUUGUUUCACUUCGUGAGACUCCAGCGAUGGUGCGAGGACAGCGGCUAGGCGGAGGGACUCUCCACGCACCCCUCUGACAUCCCUCACUGGUUAUUUAGUGACUCCGUCAGGAUGUGUGUGUGAGGGCUGACGGUGUGGGUCCAGCCAUGGAGCCAGAGUUGAACUGCAGCUCUCACUGUGACUAUGGACUCUGCCUCAUCCACCCUGGAGUCAAUACACAGGAGGACCUGGAGAUACUGCAGAGACUAUGUACCCUCAGCACGAUGGGAGUGGAGCUGCAGAGGCAGUCUCUCUCCCCGGUGCUCUGUGCAGUGGUCUGGACUAUUCUCUCCUGUGGCAUCCUGCUGGCAUUCUGCUUCCUGCUCUUUACCCUGCGCUUCAAGAACAACAGGAUAGUGAAGAUGUCUAGUCCUAACCUCAAUGUGCUGACUCUGUGUGGGAGUGUCCUCACCUACAGCAGUGGAUUCCUAUUCGCUUUUGAGGAACGCACCCACCUACAAGGGGGAGGAGUGAGAGCUAUACUACAGGCCAGGAUCUGGAUGUUUUGUAUCGGCAGCACUCUGGUAUUUGGGCCCAUCCUGGGGAAAACAUGGCGGCUGUACAGAGUAUUCACCCAACGCGUGCCUGACAAGAGAGUGAUCAUCAGAGACAUCCAGUUGAUGGGCUUGGUAGCUCUGUUGAUUCUGCUGGACCUGCUGAUUCUGACCGCCUGGAGUCUAACCGACCCGGUUAAAUGUGCUCGGUCCAUUGGGGCUAUGGUCAAGGUGGUGGAGAGAGAAUUGUCCUACUCUCUGUCUCAGCUGGACUCCUGUUCCUCUCUCUAUUCAGACCUGUGGGUUAUCCUCCUCGCUAUGAUGAAGGGUAGCCUGCUCCUAUAUGGGACCUACCUGGCUGGUCUGACCAGCAACGUCAGCCUCCCUCCGGUCAACCAGUCCCCCACCAUCAUGACUGCUGUCAGCCUGGUCACCCUUUCCACGGUGGUUGCAGUCCCAGUGUCGCAGUUCCUGCAGGCCUGGCCUAACGUGGUCUAUAGCGUGGUAGCUGGAGCCAUCUUCAUCUGUACCCUCGCCACCAACUGUAUGCUGUUUGUACCUCAGUUAACCCAGUGGCGUCGGUUUGAGGAGGAGCAAAACAGCCUUAGCCAGAUGGCGAAAUACUUCAGCAGCCCCAGUAAAAGUGUCCACUCUGUCUAUAGCCAGGAUGAAGUCUACUAUCUCCUGGGAGAGAACAACUCUAUGAAGAGGCUCCUCAAUGAGAAGAAUGCUGUAAUUGACAGUCUGCAGGAGCAGGUGAACAACGCCAAAGACAAGCUAUUGCGCCUCAUGUCCAAUACCCACUCUCACGAGGAUCAGGAAAUGGACUCUUCCACCACCAACCUCCACUCCUCCUCCACCCAGACCACAGUGGUGCCGUCCGACUGCUUUCCAACUCUCCUGCCACAGAGAGACGUAGCAGAACCUACCCUCUCUUCUCCUCCUUUCUCUCUACCUCCUCUCUCUUCUCCUCCCCCUCCUGCCCUCUCUUUUCCCCCAGGGGAUUGUGUGAGUGUUAAACCGUGCAGUGUAGAGUUUGGCUCAUACAUCCAGGGUUCAGAGAUGGAGACAGAGGCAGGGGGUUGUAAGGUUGAGGGGACUGUGUCCCAGCAGCAGUGUGGAGCGGAAAGGUCUCACCUCCCAGUCUCCCCUCAGCCCUCUGUUUCUUCCAAGACAGGAGUCAGAACACCAGGGGAGAUGGGGGGGACACAAACCACACCCUCCUGUCAGUCAAACUAUGUCACUUCCUCAUCCACUCUCCCCCUGGUGGGUUUGGCCCCUGCUCAGUCGGAACCGUCAGGUUGCCAUGGCGAUACCACAUCUCCGUGGAUGGCAGGUGUCAGGCAGGCAGGGUUUGUGAGCAGUGUGCAGCUGCAGGAGAUACUCCAGGAACUGAGCGUGGACACUGUUAUGGAAACGGCCCUCCGCUCACCAAAUCACAGCAGGGGGUUCAGGAGACCCUCUCAGCCCUCCUCAACCAAUCCCUCUGUCCUCUCUCCUCUCUCCUUCUGCACUCCUCAUUCCCCCAAUCACCCUCUCCUCUUCCACUACCCCAGUAUCUCCCCCUACGUAAUGAGGAAACGCAGACCUCCGUUCCAUUCCCCCAGAGGGGGGCUUCCGCCCUGUUACUACCCAGGCUCCAAGCCUCCUGGUUGGGGAAGGAGGAGGGGCACGGGGCUCUCUCAACCAGACAAGCACCCCUCAAAAACACAACCUCUGCUCAAUCCUGUCGCCACAGAGACUAAUCUUCUCCGCCCCGACGACAGUGAUGGAGAAGAAGGCGUAGAGGCGUGGCAUAGGAUAAGAAACAGCUGCGGGAGGCGUGGCUCAAGGCGGGAGCACCGGCCACCACCCCUUCGAAAAUGCCCUCCAGAUGGUGAUGGGGGAGGUGAGGGAGGGCCAGACAGAGACCAUGGCAGGGACUCGUAUGGUUACUGGGACUCAGACUCCAGCAGCUUGGCUGACCACUCCUACUACCAUCGUCCCUACUGCGACGCCUGCCUGCAACACGGCUCAUACCCCUCCAGCGACAGCUCCUCCUCAGACUCCUCGGACAGUGAGUAUGGCGGCUUCACCAGCCUCUGCCGCUCCACACAUCCGGUGGUCAACUUCAAGGAGGACCUCAAACCGACCUUCGUAUGAGCCUGCCUGGAACCUAGACUGAACCGGUGCUGCGGAAGAAUCAUUCAAGUCAAACUGUGUUGUAAUUUACUUUCAAUGCCAAGUUCACGGCAGAACAAUUGAGUUUACACACUGUUGUAACACUAUUUAGAAGUGGUAAAUUGAGCAGGAACUAAUGCUAGAAAAGCUUGCCUGAUUUUGAAUUCAACAAUUUAUCUUCCUUAUGUAUGUGUGGAGUACGAGUACCCUAGCAACACAUUACCUCACAGCAAUCACAUUAAAGGCUUUUUAUUGGUUGCAAGUGCUUUAGAAAUGGGACCAAGAUGGAGAAAGUCAAUCAAUAGGUUGAGUUUGCUGUAUGAUGAUUGGGAUCUGAUUUUAAUUUAUUGACUUUGUCUUUAACUUAUUGCACUGACUGCCAUUGUCUCUAGGUCAUGUUAAAGAAAAUGUAUGUUUGUAGCUAAACAAGAUACAAUAUUUAGAUCAUAUAGAUUGUUGCAUGUUACAAAAAAAACACUGGAUUUUAUUGAUCUGUUACCACCUCUUUUAAUCCCCCCUACCUUGAAUAGAGCCCACCAGGGAUGUAUGCAGUCACCAUUGUAAAGAAUACUAUUAUAACCAUUUUGUCUGAGUUUUUAUGAUCUUUAUGCUUUGGUUUACCUUUUUAUACAUCAAAACCCCUCAAUGCACUACGUUGGUAAUGUUAUUGAUUGAAGUGUUAUGUGUGUGUGAGUGCGUGCGUGCGUGCGUACAUGUGUGUGCACAAUGUACUGUAUUCAUUGCAUUUUAUUUGAAGGCUCUGCCUCCAAUUCUAUCAAUUGUAAUUCUCUGCGAGCUGAUUGAUUAUUAAAUUACCUAUUGACCUUUGCC